UGCAAAGGCGGCAGUAUUUUAUGAAAUCUCGUGCCGGGUGGCUGUGGAACAAAUCAUUCCUUUGAGCGCAUUGAUUGAGCUUACAUUAUUGAGUGUUGCAAGAGGAAAUUGUUUGAACAUAAAAAUUUCGGUGCUUCAGCUCUGCUUAUAUUUCCUUGUGGCACUCUCUAAGACAGUUUCAGAAUACCAUGGCCCUGAUCAAGGUUCCCACCGUUCAAGAGGAAAUGGCAAAGAAUUCGGAAUUGAAAGAAUCCGAUUUACAAAUGCUGAGAGAUUGGUGCAAGAAACAGCCGCAUCUACCAGAGGUAUCUGACUAUGAACUGAUACUGUUCCUCCACAGCAACUAUUACCGACUCGAGCCAACCAAAGCAACGAUAGAUGCAUUUUUCACCGUCAAGACCCAUGUGCCCGAAUUCUUCAGAAAUCGCGAUCCAUUGGGAUCGAAGGAAUUGCGUGAAAUCUCGAAAGUUGUAUGCUACAUACCUCUUCCCGGAUCAACACCAGACGGUUACAAAAUGAUUCUAGCAAAAAUCCACGAUUGCGAGCCGUCCCAUUACGUGUUUGUCGAUGCUGUAAAGCUGUUUUGCAUGAUCAUGGAAUUGUGGAUAUACACUUCAGGUGUUAGCUCGGGGCACAUCAUCGUUGUUGACAUGGAAGGCAUAGUUUUCGGCCACGUUGCUCGUCUGAGUCCCAUGAUAAUGAAAAAGUACUUUUACUAUCUGCAAGAAGCUCUGCCGGUCCGACUUAAAGGUUUUCAUUUUGUGAACACGGUGCCCUUCAUGGACCUGAUCUUAAACAUGAUGAAACCUUUCCUGAAGAAAGAGCUCCUUGACAUGCUUUUCCUUCACACUAACGUAGAAUCUCUGGGCAAGAAUGUCCCCAUUGAUCUCCUGACAAACGAGCUUGGAGGCAAAGCUGGCUCCGAGAAAGCUCUGUGGGCUGCUGAGUUGGAAAAACUCGAGGAACACCGUGCCUGGUUCCAGGACGACGAGACGCGAAGGGUUAACGAACCCCUUCGACCUGGCAAGGCGAAGAACAUCACCGACAUCUUUGGCGUCGAAGGAAGCUUUAAAAAGCUGGACAUCGAUUAGCGUCAACCGCGAGAUCUUAUACCGUUCUAAUUUUCUUAUGUACGUUAUUCCGAUGGAACUUUUGCUGCACAAAUCCUGUACGACACGUUAACGGAAGAGAAUAAUAUGCCAAUUCCUUU